AUCAGACUGUGAUUUGCGAACAAAGAGCUCGUCGCCGGCUUAGUUGUAAGGCAGUCCUUUUGAAGAGAAAUGGCUCUGAUUCCUCGAUUCUUCGGUCAGAGGAGCGACGUCUUCGACCCCUUCCCCCUCGACGUCUGGGAUCCUUUCCAGGGUUGGCCUUUAGACUCUUUUCGCUCCCUUGCUGAUUGGUCUGGUGCCAGCAGCGCUCUCGGCGAGACCUCCGCCUUCGCCAACACCCGCAUCGACUGGAGAGAGACCCCCGAGGCCCACGUCUUCAAGGCCGAUCUCCCGGGGAUAAGGAAGGAAGAGGUGAAGGUUGAGGUGGAGGAAGGAAGAGUGCUUCAGAUCAGCGGAGAGCGGAGCAAGGAGCAGGAGGAGAAGAAUGACACGUGGCACAGGGUCGAGAGGAGCAGCGGCAAGUUCCUGAGGAGGUUCAGGCUGCCGGAGAACGCGAAGAUGGAUCAGGUGAAGGCGACGAUGGAGAACGGCGUGCUCACCGUGACCGUGCCCAAGGAGGAAGUCAAGAAGCCCGAGGUGAAGGCCAUUGAAAUCUCUGGUCAGAAAGAGGAGUAGAUUCCUUGCUUGGUUGUGUUUCCGAGUUUUCGGUUAAGUUCUUCUGCUGAAGCGUUGGUCUGAGGCUUAUGCUAGCACCCGUGUUUGUGUCUGUGUGAGUUGAUGGUGUCUCUUGUUUGUGUCUGUGUAAGUUGAUGGUAUCUCUGGUGCGGUGUAUGUCUAUGGUGGGAGUAUGAAUAAAGUGUCUUUUAAGUUUUUGCUGCUUCGUUGGGUCGCAUUGGU